AUGAAGCAUAACUGAAACUGAAGACACAGCCUUUCAUUGCAUUCUUUGUUGUAGCUAAUUUUGAGGCCCUUAAAGUAGCAUGCUUCACAGUGAUAGACAUGACAGGUUGCAGUAAUAUUAAAAUAUUUUUCUUGAAUAUUUUUUCAGUACUUCAUUUAAUUUGUCUGUUUUCUUAUUAAAAGAUGGCAAAUGAGUAUGCUUUAUUACUACUUCAGUAUUGCAUGAUUUCUUUUGACAAUUGUUGUUCCGUUUUGCAAAGGCCAUUGGUGUAACUAGCUUUAUUUUUGUGCAGGUCUUUAAUGAUGAUGUCCCCUCUCCCCCCCCUUUUGUUGGACUGUAUCAGCUGGGAGGUUUUUUCCAAGAUAUUGUCUAAAAUACUUUCAAAACCCAAGUUGUGAUCUCAUUUCAUUGUGUAAAUUAGACUUAAAACUGCCUCAGAAUGAAGCAUAAAGCUUUUGUGUCAAGGUAAUCAUUAAGGGAUCACAACCCAUCCACAAUCCAAGCUGUAGCCUGCUAAGGGGGGGUCAUAGUGUUGGCAGUUAAUAUAAUCACGCCCUCUGACUGUUCUGAUAUAACACUGUUUAGCUGUAUUUUUAAUUUCCUAUACAGAGCAGUACAAAGUUAUAUCCAAGAGAUCAGCUGGCCAGAGCAGAUGAAGGAAUUGAAGCAGGUCAGCAGAAUGUGUGGCUGUCAUUGCUGUAACAGUUGUCUUCAGCUUUGAUUUCACAACUUGUGGAAGAAUGUUGGAGGAGAGACUUUUGAGUGUUAUAGCUUAUAUGAAUAUUCCACUAGACAGAGAAACAAAUUUAGGCAAGAGGAUUCUGACAGACCCUAGAUUUUUAGGGGUACGCAAGGAACAAUCAAUCAUGCAGCAGUCUUGCUGUGAUGAAUUGCAGUGGGAAGAGAAAGCUGUACAGAGAGGAUUGGACCUAUCCCAUGAGGAGAGAGAUGCAGGAAAUUUUACCUGGGUUAUUUUUAGGCCCAUAUUCUUCAGCUAUGAAAAGCAAGCUACCUAUACUUCAGAAACAUGGAAUAACCCAUGUAAUAUGCAUACGGCAAAACAUUGAAGCAAAUUUUAUUAAACCAAACUUCCAACAGUUAUUUAGGUAUUUAGUCUUGGAUAUUGCAGAUAAUCCAGUUGAGAAUAUAAUACGAUUUUUCCCUAUGACUAAAGAAUUUAUUGAUGGAAGUUUACAAAGUGGAGGAAAAGUUCUUGUCCAUGGAAAUGCAGGGAUUUCUAGAAGUGCUGCCUUAGUUAUUGCAUACAUAAUGGAAACAUUUGGGGUGAAGUACAGGGAUGCAUUUACUUAUGUUCAAGAAAGAAGAUUCUGUAUUAAUCCUAAUGCUGGAUUUGUCCAUCAACUUCAGGAAUAUGAAGCCAUCUAUCUAGCAAAAUUAACCAUCCAGAUGAUGUCACCACUGCAGCUGGAGAGAUCCCUCUCAGUUCCACCCGGUACUACAGGAAGUUUAAAGCGAAUGCAUGAAGAGGAUGAAGAACUUGGAACCAUGCAAGUGGCAGCAGCACAGAACAGAUGAUACCUGAGGACAAGCACUGUUUGUAUUGUGAAUUCCCGCCAAGAAAGGUGAAGAAAACUAGGGAAAAAGAAUUAAUAAUGCAAAAUGAUAAACACGCACCUAGCUUCUUUUCAAUUACAUGUUGCUUUCAGAUGUAAAUCUGCCUCUGCAACACACUAAGCAUCAUUUUUAAGAUGUUGGACUUCUUGAAUGAAUAGAUGGCACUGAUUGUUUUACUCCUUUUUUACACUUUACAGUUUUAUUCUAAACCAAGAUUUUUGGACUUGCAAAGAGGUAUUAUUGCAAUAAUGCACUUUUCAUACUUGAAAUUUCUUUAUUUGUAUGAUAUAAAGUUAUUACUUUAAACAAAAUGCAAGCUGGGGGGAUUUGUUUAUAAAGUUAUUUGUGUAAUUUAUAACAAGAGAAUUUAGUAAAGAAAAAGUUUGCUAAAACUCACCUUGUUCUUAGUAUAUAUCAUGGUCAUGCUUGUAGAAAUGUGCUUUAUGAACUGCACUAUGCACUACUACUGGCAGUUGAGCAACAGCAGUGUUCUAAUCAGUAUUUAACUCUUUACCUUGUUAUAAAACCUCAUUAUAUACUGAAUUAUUUUGAGACUGACGCUCCGAGACCAAUUUAAGACAAAAUACUGUUCUAAAAAUCUCACCUUGUUUUAUGCAAGUUAAACAGAGUACUGAUUAAUUACCUAAUAAAAUAGUCAUGUGCUGAAUUAAUACAGAGGGCAGCUACCAAUUUUACACACAUCAAGACUGAAUUCUUUUAGCUAGCAUUAAAAAGCUGCUUGUUAAAUUAGUUAUAGGUUGAUUUAAGUUGACCGAGCCAGUAUGGUUCAUCUGUCUACAAGAAUAGUGCAUCUUCAAACUGGUAUUGAAGGAGUAGUUCCCUUCGUAAGACAAUAGUUGCAUCAUUUGAGGUAAAAAUUGGGUUGGUGUCUGAAAACUGAGGCCCAAAGCACUGGCCAUAAUAGCAUCAAGACCUAAAGGAUUCACCUUGGCUCUUCUAAAGCAUUAGAGUCAAUUAAGGCCACACACCUAUCAGUGCUUUAAAGUUUUCAAACUGGGAAUUGCCAAGGUGUGGUUCGUGCAGCUUUGACUCUUCUCCCUUCCCAG